GUGUCGACAUCAAGACAAAGUGAUAAUGGAAGAAGAAAAACACAAGAAAGAGGAAGGAAAAGAUAAGUACGAGCCACAUGAGCAUCAACCACCGUAUAUCUCGCAGAUGCAACCGGUGACGCACGAAGCUUACGGAGGUGGCCUCUACGGUAAGGACGAUGAGAAAGAAGCCACAAAUUUAGAGAAAGAGGGCAAAGAUGUAGAGAAAGAGCCUAUGCAACAUAAACCACCGGCCAGUGAGACACAGAGCGCAGAUGGUCCUGAUGAGGUAAAGUCGCUGACGCCGAAACACAAGCAACCAGCUUCUUCGGGCGAUAGAGACAUUGACAUCACUGGCCAGUCUUACAUUCAGUGAGGUAGUGCUUUCUUUUUUGGUGUUGUAAUGUCAUAUUAGUUUCUUUCAUGGUCUUUUACACAUGUCACAUGUCCAAGAAAUUAUGUUCUUACGUUUGUAUUCCAUGGUUCAAAGGCCAACGUAAAGUUUGUCGAAGCUGGUACGAAGCACAUUCUAAUU